AUGCUUCUUCCUCCUACUGAACGCCGCGAGUCGGGAGCUAUCAUCCCUUCCGCAUCACAAACACAAACGAAUGCACAGCCUUCCAUCCCCAGGCCCGUUCGUGUCCCUGAUGGAACCCUUAGACUUAGAGGAGGUCCUGUCGAAGAUCGCCGUGUUAGAUGGGGUGCCGAUGUCAUUGACAACGAAGGAUUAGGAAGAAAGAAGUCUAAAGUAUGCUGCAUCUACCAUCGCCCAAGAGCCUACGAUGAGUCCUCAAGCGAUGAUAGCGAUUCCUCAUCCGACGAUGACAGCGACGCUAGCGAUCACCGACACGGAAAAGACUGCGGACACGGUUCGAUGAGGAAUUCCCGCUCAAAGGGGAAGGGAAAGCCCAGCAAGAGAGGACCAAGCCCAAAUGCCUACGAAAAGAUGCCCAAGACAAAGAAGAAGGCGUAA